AAUUCGAUUUAGUAUCGUUCGUGAAGUCAUCUCGUAAAGAACUUUAAAAAUGUUAUCAUUUUUAAUUUCGUUGCUUUUUUGCCAAACGACAAUUUAUGUAAUUAUCAUAUUUAGUCUGUUGUAUUAUUGGGCAACGAAGAAUAAUGACUUUUUCGAAAAACGUGGCAUAGUGUAUCUGAAACCUGUUCCGUUUUUCGGAAAUCUUUGGUCAAUAAUGUCGCAUCAAAAAAACUUUUGGGAACAUUAUCUCUCAAUUUACAAUCAAUUCAAGGAUGUCGGAAUGUUUGGAUCAUUUGAGUUUACACGCCCAAUUCUCAUGAUUCGCGACCCAGAUUUGGUGAAGCAAAUUUGUAUCAAGGAUUUUGACAGUUUUGUUAAUCAUCGUGUCUCGAUCGAUCAAGAUGUCGAUCCAAUAUUUGGAGGAAAUUUAUUUGUCAUCAAAGAUGCUAAAUGGAAGUUGAUGCGAAACAUCAUGAGUCCCGCUUUUACAGGCACAAAAAUGCGUUUCUUAUUUUCGUCGAUUCGCGAUUCUUUGUGCAAUACAACGGAUUAUUUGGUGAACGAAGCGAAGAAGACAAAUGGGAUUUAUGAGUUUGAAGCGAGAGAUUUGUUUACGCGAUGCAGUGUUGAUGUCAUUGCAUCUGCUGCUUUUGGCAUCGAAGUGAACUCAAUUAAGGAUAAAACGAACGAAUUUUACGAUAAAGGAUAUAAAAUGGCGGAUUUUACCAAAUUUUCAAGAACAAUGAGAUUUUUUGUGUAUCUCACAUGGCCCAAAUUGGGAGCUUUUCUUCGUCUCAAAAUAUUGGAAGACGAAUAUACGUCUUUCUUCAAGACAUGCCUCCUUGAUGUGAUGCAAGAAAGACAAGUUAACAAAACAUCAAGACCCGAUUUCGUUCAAAUUCUGUUGCAGGCAAAGACAAAGGGAAAAAUUGAAGUAGAAAAAGGCGAAGAAAACGAAUAUUUUGUUGGAAAUGAACCUUUGAAGCACGAUUGGAGUGACAAUGAUUUCGUCGCACAAAGCGUAAUUUUCUUCCUUGCUGGCUUCGAAACAGCUACAACAUUGUUCAACUACAUGGCGUAUGAAUUAGCGAUUAAUGAAGAUAUUCAAGAGAGACUUUUGCAAGAAAUUGACGAUGUUCUUGAGCAACUUGGCGAUAAACCAAUCGAUUACGAGACAAUUAUGCAAAUGAAAUAUUUGGAUAUGGUAAUUCAGGAAAGUUUGAGAAAACAUCCUCCCAAUAUUGGCGUUGAUCGUGUCGCGAACAAACCGUAUACUUUGGAAGACAAAACCGGACAAAAAAUUCAACUUCAAUCGGGAGAUGCAGUUUUUCUGUCAACUGUUGGAUUUCAUCAUGACACUCGUUUUUGGGAAAAUCCUUCAAAAUUCGAUCCUGAACGUUUCAAUGACGAGAAUAAACAUAAAAUUGAUCAAGGAGUUUUCAUGCCGUUUGGAAUUGGACCUCGACAAUGCAUUGGAAAUAGAUUCGCAUUAAUGGAGGCUAAAAUUUUAUUUUUUACUUUUUUGAGCAAAUUUAAACUUGUUGCAUACGAAAAGACGCCCAUUCCAUUGGAAUACAAAAAAGGAACUUUUGGUACAUAUGCUAAAAAUGGAAUUUGGUUACAUUUUAAAACAAGAAAAUAAAUUUUGCAAAUUAGGCCGUUCCAAA